GCGGCGCGUGGAGGGCGGUGCCGUGGAGUCCGGUCGCGCGCCCCGCCCCUCCCGGCCCGCGGCUCUCUCUGAUUGGCCGUUCCGCGGCGCUCCCCGCCCGCAGCCAAUCGGUGCCCGGGACGGCCCGGGGUGCUCUCGGGCGGCUGCGGUUCGCGUCCGGAGGCCCGAGCCCGCGUCCGGGAGCGCCGAGCGGCCGCGCUCGCUCGCCCCGCUCGCCCCGCCGCCGCCAUGAGGCCCCGCAAGGCCCUGCUGCUCGUCCUGCUCCUGGCGCUGACGCAGCUGCUGGUGGCGGCUGGCGCCGAGGGGCCGGACGAAGACACGAGCAAAGACAGCGCCCUCGAGGAGGAGGACGAGGACGACGAGGACGAGGAUGAGGAAGAUGACGACUCGGCGGUGGCGGAGGAGAACGGAGUCCUGAUCCUCACGGACGCCAACUUCGACAGCUUCGUGGCCGACAAAGACACGGUGCUGCUGGAGUUCUACGCCCCGUGGUGUGGGCACUGCAAGCAGUUCGCGCCCGAGUACGAGGCGAUCGCCGGCGCCCUGAAGGAGAGCGACCCCCCGGUCCCCGUGGCCAAGAUCGACGCCACCACGGAGUCGGCGCUGGCCAGCCGCUUCGACGUCAGCGGCUACCCCACCCUCAAGAUCCUCAAGCAGGGCCAGGCCGUGGACUACGAGGGCUCCCGGACGCGGGACGAGAUCGUGGCCAAGGUGAAGGAGGUCACCCAGCCGGGCUGGAAGCCGCCGCCGGAAGUCACGCUCGUGCUGACCGCGGACAACUUCGACUCGGUGGUGGCUGACGCCGACAUCAUCCUCGUGGAGUUCUACGCGCCCUGGUGCAGCCACUGCAAGAAGCUGGCCCCCGAGUACGAGAAGGCGGCCAAGGAGCUGAGCAAGCGCUCGCCCCCCAUCCCGCUGGCCAAGGUGGACGCCACCGUGGAGACGGACCUGGCCAAGAGGUUCGAGGUCUCCGGCUACCCCACCCUGAAGAUCUUCCGCAAGGGGAAGCCCUUCGACUACAACGGGCCCCGGGAGAAGUACGGCAUCGUGGACUACAUGGUGGAGCAGUCGGGGCCGCCGUCCAAGCAGCUCGCGUCCCUGAAGCAGGUCCAGGACUUCCUGAAGGACGGGGACGACGUCUUCAUCGUGGGCGUGUUCCAGGGGGAGAGUGACCCCGCCUACCAGCUCUACCAGGAGACGGCCAACGGCCUGCGCGAGGAUUACAAGUUCCACCACACCUUCAGCGGCGACGUGGCCAAGUUCCUGAAGGCGUCCCCGGGGACGCUGGUCAUGAUGCAGCCCGAGAAGUUCCAGUCCAAGUUCGAGCCUCGGAGCCACGUGAUGGACAUCCAGGGCUCCACGGAGGCGGCGGCCAUCAGGGAGCACGUCCUGCGCCACACGCUGCCCCUCGUCGGCCACCGCAAGCCCAGCAACGAGGCCAAGCGCUACGCGCGGCGGCCCCUGGUGGUCGUGUACUACAGCGUGGACUUCAGCUUCGACUACCGCGCGGCCACCCAGUUCUGGCGGAGCAAGGUGCUGGCGGUGGCCAAGGACUUCCCCGAGUACGCCUUCGCCGUGGCCGACGAGGAGGACUUCGCGUCCGAGGUGAAGGACCUGGGGCUGAGCGAGAGCGGAGAGGACGUGAACGCCGCCAUCCUGGUCGAGGGCGGCCGCCGCUUCGCCAUGGAGCCCACCGACUUUGACGAGGACGCGCUGCGCGAGUUCGUCACCGCCUUCCAGAAGGGGAAGCUGAAGCCGGUCAUCAAGUCGCAGCCCGUGCCCAAGGCCAACAAGGGCCCAGUGAAGGUGGUCGUGGGGAAGACCUUUGACGCCAUCGUGCUGGACCCCAGGAAGGACGUGCUCAUCGAGUUCUACGCUCCGUGGUGCGGCCACUGCAAGCAGCUGGAGCCCGUGUACGCCGCGCUGGGCAAGAAGUACAAGGGCCACAAGAGCCUGGUCAUCGCCAAGAUGGAUGCCACCGCCAACGACGUGCCCAGCGACCGCUACAAGGUGGACGGCUUCCCCACCAUCUACUUCGCCCCCCGGGGGGACAAAAGGAACCCGGUGAAGUUCGAAGAGGGGGAGCGCGAGCUGGAGCAGCUGAGCAGGUUCGUGGAGGAGCAGCUGGCGCGGCCCCACUCGGCCCGGGACGAGCUGUGACCCCCACGGGCGUCGGACUCUGGCCUCCCCGUGCGCCCUGGACACCGCCGGCCGCGAGGGACUCGGCACCCUGAUUUUUACAGAGGAAGAAGCAUCUAUUUUUUUCAUUAUUUGGGGUUUGAUUUUUUUUUUUUUUUUUGGCCUUCCAAUUUCUUUAAUAUAUUUCCUCACGGCAGACCAAGUUGAAUCACCUUUGUUACGGAUGGAGUUGGUUGUUUUUUUCUUUUUUCCUCUUUUUUUUUUUAAUUUAAAAUUUAAAAAACUGA